CACUUCUGCCACCUCUUAAUGCUGAGUGGGACAGUGCCUGGCAGGAACCUGCACAUCCAGCAUAGUACUGGUGUUGAUGUUAAGGUAUCCUUUGGGCAUUUAUGGCACUGUAAGUGGGGUCAUAUAUAUUGCCUGUAGAAUAUUAAGGGAUUCUGGCAUAUUACAAAAAAAUUUCCUCACUGGAAGGGUUGUUGAGCACUGGCACAGGCUGCCCAGGACAGCAGUGGAGUCACAUCCUUGGAAUUGUUCAAAAACCAUCUGGAUGUGGUGCUUGACGUGGUUUGGUGGUGAACAAGGCAGUGCUGGGGGAAUGGUUGGACUUGGUAUUCUUAGAGGGCUUUUCCAACCUUAAUGUUUCUGUUAUUCUGUUCAGGGAGAAGUGAUUGAAAUGCCUUUAAACUUCUGUUUAUAACUCUGACACAUGAAUAUUUAUUGUUGUGUUUUGCUCUGCCAGUCCUGUCCUAAAGCAAGUCUGAAGUCCCAGUCUGCAGUUAGCAUUCACUUCAUGAAAUUGUACUUCAGGAAAUGGACUAAAGCUCUGUCUUAUGGCUGAGAAUUAAUUUUGCUAGUAAUGGGAUGGGAAAUAACAUUUAACCAGAGGUUCUGGGAGUUUAUGGAAUGUGUAAAGCAGCGUUCAGAAUCUUGAAACAGCUGGGAAAUCCAUGUAUUUUGUGUUCUUGUUCAACUCUCCAGGUGUUUGACUCUAAUGUAAACAAAGACAAGCUGCUGCGGCUGAAGCUGGGAUCUGGAAAAGUCAUCAAGGGCUGGGAAGAAGGAAUGCUGGGCAUGAAGAAAGGAGGGCGAAGGCUCCUUAUCAUUCCUCCAGCCUGGGCCUACGGGGCUCAGGGCGUGGCUGGUCGGGUCCCUGCAGACUCCACUCUGGUGUUUGAGGUGGAAAUCCGGAGGGUGAAACUGGCAAAGGAGUGCUCUGGUUCAGAUGGGCUGAGUGUCAGUUCAAGGGAUUCCCCUGCACCUUCUCCAGUGCCCAGCUCAGAUGGCUUCUCCUCAGACACGGGUUUAGUGCCUCCCUCCAGCAUCCCUCCAAAGCCUGGGGAGCCAGCUGUUCGGGCCAAGUCCAACUCCAUCAGUGAGCAGCUUGCAAACCCAGAUGUAGCAAAGGCAAAGCUGAUUUCUCGGAUGGCCAAAAUGGGACAGCCCAUGCUGCCUUUCCUUGCUGGGACAGCAGGGAGUCAGCUGGACUCCAGUGACUCAGAAAUAGAGGAUCCCAAUACUCUGAGAGGGACAACACAGCCAGUGGCUUCGAGCAGACCCCCCCAGGCAGCUCAGGCAGUGCUGCCCACAGUGUCCACACAAGUACCUCAAGCAUCUGGUGUUGCACCUUCAGUAUCUUCUGCUGCUUUAAUUCCUGCAACAAUCCAGCCCCACUCAGCUUUGCCUGGAGGAGCACAGGGCUUUCAGGCAUAUCCAGGAGUGCCAUUUGCUUACCCCCAAACUGCUGCAUCUGCCUCUCAACUCCAGCCUGUGGGUCAGAUGUAUCCUGCUCCUUACCAAGCACCUGGAGAUGUCACUUCGUUUUUGAUGACGGAAGCUCGGCAGCACAACACUGAAAUCCGACUGGCUGUGAGCAAAGUCGUGGAUAAAAUGGAUCACCUGGCUGCCAAGGUGGAGGAGCUGAAGAAGCAAAGCACAGCUAACAGCUCCCUGCUGCCUGGCAUCUCCUCUGUCACUAUGGAAGCCUCCAUGAUCAUGAGCAACAUCCAGCGCAUCAUCCAGGAGAAUGAGAGACUGAAGCAGGAGAUAUUUGAGAAGAGCAGUCGGAUUGAGGAGCAGAAUGAGAAGAUCAGUGAGUUGAUUGAACGCAACCAGAGGUAUGUGGAGCAGAGUAACCUGCUGAUGGAGCAGAGGAACCACUCCCUGCAGACAACAAAUGAGAGCACACAGGCAAGAGUGUUGCAUGCAGAGCAGGAGAAGGCCAAAGUUGCAGAGGAGCUGGCAGCUGCCACAGCCCAGGUUUCCCAGCUGCAGCUGGAGCUCACUGCCCACCAGAAGAAGGAGAUGGACCUGAGGAAGCAGCUGUCCUGUGCUGUGCAGGAUGCAGAGAGACAGGAGGCACAGCUCAACAAGCUGCAGGCACAGGUGGCAGAGCUCCAAGAAGCCUCUCAGGACACUCAGAGCAGGUUCAAGGCUGAGAAGCAGAGUCGCAAACAGCUGGAUAUGAAGAUUGCAGCACUGGAGGAAGAGCUCACAGACCUGAGAGUGGAAAAGGAGACUCUGGAAAGGAAUCUUGCAGAGAGGAAGAAGAAAUCCCUGUCAGAGAGAGCUCAGGCAGAGGAAGAGAUGGAAGAGAUUCGCAGGUCGUACCAGCAGGAGCUGGACAAGCUCCGGCAGCUGCUGAAAAAGGCCCGGACCUCGACUGACCAGGCAGCAGCAGAGCAGCUGUCAGUGCUCCAGGCAGAGCUGGAGUCCCAGUGUGAAGCCAAAUGUGAGCGUGCCCUGGCCUCAGCCAAGGAGCAGCACAGCAGGCAGUGCCAGGAGCUGUGUGAGCAGAGGGACUCCCUGCAGCACCAGGUGGCCCAGCUGGAAGAGAAGCUCACAGCUCUCAAACACUCAAAAAAAGCAGAGGAGCAAAAGUUGUCUGAGGUUCAGCAACGUUUGGAGGAACUGGAGCCUAUCCAGGAGAAGUACUCAGCCCUGCAGGCAGACGUGCUGGUGCUGAAGGCUCGAUACGAGGAACGGAUCCGAGACCUGCAGAAGGAUCAGGAUGGAUCUUCCCCUGCAGACUUCACAGAGCAAGUAAAGAAGAUAAUGAAUGGAGUAUUUCAGUCUCUUCGGGGUGAAUUUGAGCUGGAUGAGAUGUACAGUGGCAGGACAGUCCUGGGGGUUGUCAUGAACACUAUCAAGACUGUGACACUGCAGCUGCUCAACCGACAGCAGGAGAAACCAGAACAUGGCAGUGAAAAUGAGGAAUCUGGCACAGGAGCAGGGAAACAGGAGGGAUCACCUGGAGCAAAGACGGAGCACAAAGAGCCCCUGCAGCACAGCCCAGCACAGAGCACUGCACCCCCAGCUGAUCCUGGGGAAGUGACCAGGGGCUCCCUGGAGUCUGAGCAGGAAGGCCAGGCUGCUCCUCACCCUGCCAGCCCCAGAGCUCCUGAGGAGGAGCAGGAGACACCGAGCAGGAGGGUGACAGAAGAAGAGAAAGUUCAGGAGGAGCAUCUCCCUCCCACAGCUGAUGGCAGCCUGGAUGCUGAGAAGGGGCCUGCACUUGCAGGACAGGCUGUUCCCGGGCUGCAGCAGGGGCUGGACAGUGUUGCCAUCGGGAAAGCUGACCCAGAGCAGGGUCCCUCUGCAGUGUCUUUGCAGGCAGAAGCUGCAGAACCUUCUGUUCCAGGAGCCAAGGCAGGAGAGGUGGAUGAGGCAGUGCUUCCAGCACAUCCAGCUGUGGAGCAGACUGUGGGAGGUUUAGAGCCUCCUCCCUUAAAUGGGGAGGAAGGGAGUGGCACAGACCCGUGGGAUGAAGCUGGCUCAGAGCAGGAACCUGCCUCAGUGUCCAGCAGAGCAGAGCCAGGCUCAGCUGUCCUGGGAGAAACUCCAGGAUCACAGGAACUGGGCUCCAGCCCCAGGCACACAGAUUCCAGCCUUUUUGAGGAUGACAACUUCUUUGAAACAGCAUCUCCUAAACCACUGAAGCCUCAAGUUCCCCCUGAAGAGGAGGAUGAGGAGGAAGUGAGCAUGAAGGGGCGUCCCCCUCCCGCUCCACUCUUUGGUGACGACGAUGAUGAUGACCUGGACUGGCUGGGAUGAAGAUGUGGCUGCUGAGCCCUCUCCUCUGGGCAUGGCCUCUUCCUGUGCUCUGAGCCCUUGGCAAGCUGCACACGUGGGACAUUGGGAAUGACCAGGGAUUUCCCAGCUCCUGUCCUGCAGAUGGAUGGGGGCUGGCACCAGGAGGCUCUUUGUACUCGUGGGGGCUCAGCCCCAUCACUCUGAGCUGCCAAACACUCUGGGGCUGGGCUGAGUGCAGGAGCCACCCACUGUCCCCCUCCCCUGAGACCUGGAUUCAUUAACCUCAAACUUUAUGCAAAUAGGAACUUGGUGAAGAGCGUCAGCAGAGCAAGUCUGGCAGGACCCUGCAGUGGCAAUAUCCUGUUUAAAAAAUCAAACUAAAAUCUCCUUCCCCAGUGAUUAACUCCUUGGAAUAUUUCCCUUAGUCCCCAGGGUGGCUCCCAGGGACCCUGCACCCUCUCCCCACUGUGUCUGAGCCAUGAGCCACUGGAUGUUCCCCCAGGAAUCCCAGUCAAGUGUUUCUUGUGAGUCCCUGGCUCUGCACAAGCAGCAUGGGGAGCCCUGGGGGCUGAGGUGGCUCAGGUGGGCACUGACUGAGCUGUGGCACAGGUGCUGCUGGCCCUUGGAGCUCUGCUAACCCAGGGCCUGAGCAGCUGUGAUGGGUAAGGAGCCCCAUCCCUGUUGUGUUAGUGACUCAGGCACCUCCUCUCCUGUGCCCAGUGCUGAGGUG